GUUCUUGUUAUCCUCAGGUCUUCUCUGUGCAUCAUGUGACGUCAGUGAUGGAUGCUUUGAGUAGCCUGGGCAUGAGUGCUGAGUAAGUAAUCCUAUUUGCGCAACUUGAGCUUCCGUCUCGCUUUCGACGCGGCAAUCUGUUGAUCACUUCUCAACUCAAUGAAUCAGAAAAAACAUGUUCAUCUCUCAUGAAAUGUAUGUACUUUUUCAUCACCAAGCUGGCAUAUAGAUUGUGUAAGUAUUUUGCUCAUGCAUUUCUUUUUCCUGAAUUUUGAGAAGAGUGUUGUUCAUAACAACAAGAUGAAGAGAAUCAAAGGAACGGCUCUUUGAUGGAGCUGAACAACUGGAUUUCUCAAAAAGCAGCAAAAUGUACAAAAAGGCAUUGGGAAGUUUGUUAUCUAAAAGACGAGGAUGACCCCUAAUGGGCCACCUAAACUCUGAAGAGAGAUUCAGCGAGUCACUAUCUCAACCUGUUGUUGGCAUGGUAACAUUCAGUGACACAUCUGACAUGCACAAGAUGCCGCCACCAUCUUGUAUACCCACUCCACUGUCGCCAGGCUUGCGGCGCAAACAACUGCUGUGGCAGAAUGCUGUGAAACACAUCAUCAGCCAACGGGGGCUGAGACAGCAGUUUGGCGUCGAGCCGGCUCGGAAAAUUCAUGUCACUGAUGCCUACAUUGAGGAAAUCAACCAACAAAUACGCAGCAAAGCAUCACGGGGUAUAACAAAACGGCGUUCCUCGGUUGCCAGAGUUCAUCCAUCCUUUUUCGGGGAACGUAGCAGUUCAUCCAGUACUAACACUAGAACAUCUGCAGAUUAUGCCAGUGAUGCUGACUUUUUUGUGCACUGGGGCCACAUCAUCCACGGGGUGUAUGUGCCAACAUUGAGACACAUCUUCAAAUCCAAAGACCUUGAGAAGCUCUACCAACGUCAUUCCUCACAUACUAGAAGAACCUCAUUAGUUGUCACAAACAUUAUUGAUGCAGCUGCCAAACUGCACCUGCUUUUGCUCUACCUGGCACUGGUGCCUGACGGUUCAGACAUACUGCUAGGCUGGUUUACGGGGUUCUUCAUGGCUUGUGCAAUUACCCUGUGUGUUUUGGUACUUACCUGUAAACGCUCACAUUCUCCAAGAUGGUUGCAUUAUGCUGGUAUGGCUAGCUGGUUGUCACAGACUGCUCAGGUAUUGGGUGGGCUGGCAUAUGGGUUGGAAAGAGACCAAUCCUGGUAUGUUCUUUUCACCCUGUUUGCAACAUACACCCUAUUGCCACUGCCACUGUUCUGGGCUAUUGGAGCUGGCACCCUCACUUCCAUACUGCACCUCACUUCAGAGUCAAUACGUCAUGUCAGUGAAGUGGGACUUUUAAGAAAGAUUAUCGCCAAGGCUUUACUGUACACAAGCAUGAAUGUGGCAGGUCUGUUCAUCCAUUACCUGACCGACCGGUCCCAGAGACAAGCCUUUCUUGAGACACGUCGCUGCAUUGAAGGCCGCAUGAAACUAGAAACGGAAAACCAGAGACAGGAGCGGUUGGUGCUGUCAAUCUUGCCCCGCUUUGUGGCCUUGGAGAUGAUUACCGAUAUGACUUCUAUGGAUGAUGAGCUUGAUCCACAAGAGUUUCACAGAAUAUAUAUCCAUCAGUAUAAAGAUGUCAGCAUCCUCUUUGCUGAUAUUAAGGGCUUCACACUGUUAUCCAUGAACAUGUCUGCUCAGGAGUUAGUGUGUUUACUCAAUGAGCUCUUUGGACGUUUUGACCGGCUAGUCGAGGAAUAUGACUGCUUGAGGAUAAAAAUAUUAGGGGACUGUUACUACUGUGUAUCAGGGGUACCAGAGCCUCAGCGAGCACAUGCACGCUGCUGUGUGGAGAUGGGACUAGCUAUGAUCAGCACCACACGAUCUGUAAGGAAACAACUGAAUUUUGACAUGGAUAUGCGAAUUGGGAUCCACUCUGGCUCUGUUCUUUGUGGGGUUCUGGGUCUACAAAAAUGGCAGUUUGAUGUGUGGUCCAGGGAUGUAGGCAUUGCCAACAUGCUUGAAGCAGGGGGGAUCCCUGGACGCAUCCACAUUUCACGUGCUACUUUGGACUGCCUGGAUGGAAGCUACCAAACGGAGGACGGGCGUGGAUAUGAACGCAAUGAGUUUCUACGAAAACACAAGAUUGACACUUUCCUUAUCUGCCAUAAAGAGGAGGAUCUAGAUGAAAUUGAAGCAGAUCAUUUUAAAACUCGGCAAAACUACCGCCCCUGGAACAAAGAGAUCUUGGCCUCCUUCUCCAAUGGCUCUUACACACAACUUCCUACAUCCUCAGUGUGCAGAUCUACAUCCAAAGAGAUCAACAAACGGAUAGAGCAUGCUAUUGAUCUCCGCAGCAGUGAGCGUAUGCGUCAGGAGCACAUCACUUCAGCUACGAUGGUGUUUAAGGAUACACAUAUUGAGGAGAAGUUCUCACAGGUAAGGGAUGAGAUGUUUAAGACCAAUCUAGUAUGCUCCUUCAUCAUGUUUCUUCUUCUCAUGGCUGUCCAAGCCCUCAUUCCUGUACCCAGGUUGUAUUACUGGACAGCAUUGCAGUUCGCUCUGUUCUUGCUUGGAUAUCUAUUACUGCUUAUGAUUGUCCUGGCCGAAGAGUUCAGACAUUCUCCCGGUGUCCUUCAGCAGUUCUGCUGCUGGAUCCAUGAAAACAACAGUAUGCGGAACCUCCUCACUCUCACAGCUAUAUCCAUCAACUUUAGCAUGGCUCUGUUUGACAUGAUAUGGUGUAACUCUACUGAGACAAGAGAAAUAAGCACCAGUGAAACAGAGGGAUAUAAGACCAGCCAGAAGCCCCUUACUGCCUGCACAUAUCCAGAGUUCUUUGUUCUAAGCGGGGUGGUUUCUAUGGUGACCUGUGCUGUGUUCUUGAGGCUGAGCUCUCUCUUAAAGUUGGCUAUUCUGUUAUUGGUGGUGGUCAUGUAUUCUUACUUCAUUGAAGUGUCCUUCCACAUGCUGUAUGUACAUGAACCAGAGCAGGAACAGUCAAGCAGAAGGAAGGGAGUCUCAAUUCUGUUGAUGGCGAUGUUUGUCAUAGCUGUGUUCUACAAUGGUCGACAGUGGGAAGCAACAACACGGCUAGACUUCCUGUGGCGUUUGCAAGCUCAGCAGGAAGUGCAGGAGAUGAGAGAUCUGAGGGAACACAAUGAGAGUCUGCUGCAUAACAUCCUGCCUGCACAUGUUGCUCGUCACUUCCUAGAGAGGAACAGACAUGAUCAGGAGCUGUAUUCUCAGUCCUAUGAUGAGGUGGGGGUAAUGUUUGCCUCCAUCGCUGGCUUUAAUGAAUACUACGAGCAGAAGGAGAUCAAUCACGAGGGAGUUGAGUCUCUCAGACUGCUCAAUGAGAUCAUUGCAGACUUCGAUGAGCUGUUGGAGGAGUCAUAUUUUUUGGACAUUGAGAAAAUCAAAACCAUUGGGAGUUGCUACAUGGCAGCAUCUGGUCUAUCACCUGAUAAACAGUCUCGUGUUGUAAAUGACUGGCAUCAUCUCAGUGAGUUGGUUCUGUUCGCUCUGGCUAUGAAAGAGACCCUUAAAGAAAUCAACAAAAAACAUUCCUCAAACAAUUUCCAGCUCCGCGUUGGAAUUGCCCAUGGUCCUGUUGUUGCUGGGGUCAUCGGUGCCACCAAACCGCAGUAUGAUAUCUGGGGCAUGACAGUGAAUUUGGCAAGUCGAAUGGACAGCACUGGAGUCAGUGGAAGGAUUCAGGUCCCUGAGGCCACACGUAAUAUUUUAGAAGAAUGGGGAUUUGUGCUAGAGUUGCGUGGUGAGAUAUACAUAAAGGGUGUCAGUGAGAGAAAAGGACAUAUCCGAACGUACUUCAUCAGCACCAAAAGGCGUCCGCUGUCAAGAAACGGGAUUACAGACAGAGGACAGAACAGACGGAGUGGGAGGACCACGCUUGCCGCUGUGGUCUUUGACCUUGUACAGGCCAUUCACAGAGAGAAACAGAGAGGUACCAAUGGAGGUUUCACUCUGCCAAACAACAACUUCGACAACUUAAAAUUAUGAAAUGAAGCAUCAAACCUAUAUUUACCAUAAUUUGAGGGGCCCCAGAUGAAACACUGCCUUCAUCGUUAAAAGGAUACCUCAAAUAUCAUAUAAAAUUCUUAUAUGGAUUUGUCUAUAAAGUAGAAUAAUUAUUUAUUUUGUACCUAUUUCAUAAAUACCAUAUAUUUUCAUAAAUUUCACACAUUUAGUGAGGUUCUUGAUAGGCUAGAUUUCACUUUACUACAGCCAAUGUAAAUAUGUUCAGAAAAUCACAUGAAAAAUACAGUUUACAGAAUUGUUCCUCAUACAUGCCUGACAGCAUAAAGUAAAGAAAAAAAAAACUCAUAUGUACCAUAGAUACAAAGUGUGCACAAACUGUUACUUCUUUAUGAGUUCUAUGAUCUCAAAAAAUAAUUGUGUACCUCACAGGAUUAUUAAAGACGAUUCAGAAGAUGUUAUAUAUAUUUUUUAACAUCUAUAAUACUUGUUUUUAAGGUUAAAUAUAGUUUUAGCCUAUAUUUAGUAUAGUAU